AUGGAACUGUCACUGAGAGUAAGGCAAAGUCGCGAUGGUGGACUGGGCCAAGACCAGCGAGCGACAGGUGACGCGCUGGCGCUGGAGCUCAGAACUGGAGCUCUGAGCUGGAGGAGCAAGUAUCGGAAAGGUGAGUCGAUGAAGCCCAGUCCAGGGGUCCAAGAGGCGGGAUCGGUAGGCGAGGCAGACUAG